CCUUCCCGUCGCAAGUGCUACGAACAAGCAUGGCGGAUGCUGCGGCGAGAUCGCUUCAGUACGAAUAUAAAGCGAAUUCUAAUCUUGUUUUACAAGCUGAUCGAUCGUUGAUCGAUAGACGAGCUCGUGAUGAAUCUACUGGAGAAGUCAUAUCCUUGGUUGGUAAGCUCACAGGCUCCCGUAUGGGAGACAGGGCAUUGCGAAGUAAACCACCACAAAUGGAAGAGCGUAAAAACAAGCGGCACAAGAGAGAUGAAGCUCAGCGAGACAUGAUGAAGAUGAAAGGUACAACUCUCUUGUCCGAGGGCAUUGAUGAAAUGGUCGGAAUUCUGUACAGACCAAAAACACCUGAGACAAGGCAGACCUAUGAAGUAUUGUUGAGUUUCAUUCAAGCAGCCAUCGGAGAUCAGCCGCGUGAUGUGUUAUGUGGUGCUGCUGAUGAGGUACUUUCUGUGUUGAAGAACGACAGGAUGAAGGAUAAGGAGAGAAAGCGCGAGGUCGAGGGACUCCUGGGCGCCAUUGCAGACGAAAGGUUCGCCUUGCUCACUAAUCUUGGCAAAAAGAUAUCUGAUUGGGGAGCUGAUGAAAAAAUGCAGACAGACGAGAACAUCGAUGAAACCUACGGUGUGAAUGUGCAAUUUGAGGAAUCGGACAAUGACGAUGAUGAGAAUGAGUGGGGUGAGAUCGGUGAAGAAGAAGAAGAGGAAGAAAAUGACGGCGAUGAAGCUGUUGUUGAGGGAAAUUUAACAUCUAACUUGACAGGAGACGAAUCGAGCAGAAAGGCUGAGAAAGCACUCAGGCUCCACCCUCGAGACAUUGAUGCGUUUUGGCUGCAGAGAAAACUAAGCAAAUAUUACGAUGACCCAAUCAUAGCUCAGAAAAGGGCCGAGGAGGUGAUGGAAAUAUUGAAGACUGCCUCUGAUGACCGUGAAGCUGAGAACCAACUGGUUAUUCUACUUGGCUUUGCCCAGUUUGAAUUCAUCAAAGUCCUCAGGCAGUUCAGGCAAAUGAUAUUAUACUGUACUUUGCUCAACCAAGCCCAGAGUAAGGCAGAGACAGCCAAGAUUGAGGAAAAAAUGGAGGGCGAUGCAGAACUUUCCAAAUAUCUCCAGGCCCUCCGCGAGACUGACAAAGAAGACCUCGUUAAAGAGGAGAGAGACCGUAAACACGAGGCAAGGAGGUCGAAAGUUGAUGCAGAUAUUGAGGGGAUGGAUGUUGAUGAACCCGGGACUGGCCUCGGAUCAGCUUCUGUACUCGACUUGGAAGACUUGACUUUCUUAUCUGGUAGUCACCUAAUGGCAAAUAAAAAAUGUCAGCUACCUGAUGGAUCGUACAGAAAACAAAGAAAAGGUUAUGAAGAGGUCCAUGUUCCAGCGUUAAAACCAAAGCCAUUUGAGGGUGACGAGUCGUUGGUCCCCAUCAACCAGCUGCCCAAAUACGCCCAGCCUGCUUUCGAUGGUUUCAAAAGUUUGAAUCGGAUACAGAGCCGCCUGUACAAAACAGCUAUGGAGUCGGAUGAAAAUAUCUUGCUCUGUGCUCCAACGGGCGCUGGUAAAACAAACGUUGCUCUCCUUACGAUCUUGCACGAGAUCGGCAAACACGUCAACAUGGACGGCACGAUUAACGUGGAUGAGUUCAAGAUCAUCUACGUGGCUCCGAUGAGAUCACUGGUACAGGAAAUGACGGGAAGCUUUACAAAGAGACUCAGCUCAUAUGGUAUCCAGGUAUCCGAGUUGACCGGCGACCACCAACUGACAAAAGACCAAAUCAACGCAACUCAAGUCAUCGUCUGCACACCUGAGAAAUGGGAUAUCAUCACCCGGAAAGGCGGGGAGAAAACAUACACGCAGCUUGUCCGACUUAUGAUCUUCGAUGAAAUCCACUUGUUGCAUGAUGACCGUGGGCCAGUCCUUGAAUCUCUCGUCGCCCGAACCAUCAGGAACAUCGAAACAACUCAAGAAGAUGUGCGUCUGGUGGGCCUGAGCGCGACGCUCCCUAACUACGAAGAUGUCGCCACAUUCUUGCGAGUUGAUCCGGCCGAGGGGUUGUACUACUUCGACAACAGUUUCCGCCCGGUGCCGCUGGAGCAGCAGUAUAUUGGUAUCACCGAGAAGAAGGCAGUGAAACGAUUCCAGAUCAUGAACGAUAUUGUGUACGAGAAGGUCCUGGAGCAUGCAGGAAAAAACCAGGUUCUGAUCUUUGUUCACUCGCGCAAGGAAACGGGGAAGACAGCACGUGCCAUUCGUGAUAUGUGCCUCGAGAAAGAUACGCUUGGUGUCUUCUUGAAGGAAGGAUCGGCGUCGACUGAGAUUCUGAGAACUGAGGCAGAUCAAGUCAAGAAUCUUGAGCUACGGGACCUGUUGCCUUAUGGGUUUGCAAUCCAUCAUGCUGGCAUGGCCAAAGUUGACCGUACUCUCGUGGAAGAUUUGUUCGCCGAUCGUCAUAUCCAAGUGUUGGUGUCAACCUCGACCCUAGCCUGGGGUGUGAAUCUUCCAGCUCACACUGUCAUCAUCAAAGGCACGCAGAUCUACAGCCCCGAGAAAGGCCGAUGGACGGAGUUGGGGGCACUUGAUAUCCUCCAGAUGAUGGGGCGUGCUGGCAGGCCGCAGUACGACACAAAAGGCGAGGGCAUCCUGAUUACGAAUCACAGCGAACUCCAGUACUAUCUGUCCCUGUUGAAUCAGCAGUUGCCGGUUGAGAGUCAGUUCAUAUCCAAGUUGGCUGAUAACCUCAACGCUGAGGUCGUUCUUGGCACUGUGCAGAACGCAAGGGAAGCAGUCCAUUGGCUUGGUUACACAUAUUUGUACAUCCGUAUGUUGCGCCAGCCCACAUUAUACGGCAUAUCACAUGACCAUCUGACGGAUGACCCGUGGUUGGAACAGCGGCGUAAAGAUCUCAUCCAUACGGCAGCUGCUCUGCUUGACAAACAUAAUCUGAUCAAAUAUGACAAGAAAACUGGAAACUUCCAGCUCACAGAACUCGGGCGCAUUGCCAGUCACUACUACUGUACCCACGACACUAUCGCCACCUAUAACCAGCUUCUGAAACCAACCCUGAGCGAGAUCGAGCUGUUCCGUGUGUUCUCGCUCUCGGGUGAAUUCAAGUACAUCUCUGUGAGGGAAGAGGAGAAGUUAGAGCUGAUGAAAUUGCUGGAGAGGGUGCCGAUACCCUUCAAGGAGAGCAUUGAGGAGCCAAGUGCAAAGGUGAACUGCCUCCUCCAAGCCUACAUAUCUCAGCUGAAACUCGAAGGAUUUGCCCUGGUCUCCGACAUGGUCUACAUCACACAGUCCGCUGGGCGAUUGAUGAGGGCCAUAUUUGAGAUUGUCCUCCACAGAGGCUGGGCUCAGCUGACUGACAAGGCUUUGGCUCUCUGUAAGAUGAUUGACAAGAAGAUGUGGCAGUCCAUGUGCCCCUUGCGUCAAUUCGGAACGAGGAAGAUCCCGGAAGAAGUCAUCAAAAAGAUCGAAAAGAAGAACUUCCCAUUUGAGCGUUUCUACGAUCUCAAUCACUACGAAAUCGCCGAACUGAUCAGAAUGCCAAAGAUGGGUAACGUUAUCCAUAAAUACGUGCACCAGUUUCCGAAGCUCGAGCUCUCCGUACACAUUCAGCCAAUCACUCGAUCAACCCUGCGGGUCGAGUUGACGAUUACGCCUGACUUCCAGUGGGAUCAAAAGAUUCACGGCCACUCGGAGGCUUUCUGGAUCCUAGUUGAAGAUGUUGAUAGUGAGGUGAUUCUGCAUCACGAGUACUUCCUACUCAAACAGAAAUUUGCCGAAGACGAGCACCUUGUGAAGUUCUUUGUGCCAGUGUUUGAGCCUCUGCCCCCUCAGUACUUCAUCCGGGUUGUGUCCGACAGGUGGAUUGCAUCGGAGACACAACUUCCCGUCUCGUUCCGCCAUCUCAUCCUACCAGAGAAGUACCCACCGCCUACAGAUCUGCUGGAUCUGCAGCCACUGCCCGUCUCUGCUCUCAGGAACCCCAACUUUGAGGCCCUGUACAGCGAGAAGUUCCCAUUCUUCAACCCAAUACAAACCCAAGUGUUCAAUGCAGUGUAUAAUAGCGAUGACAAUGUCUUCAUUGGAGCGCCCACCGGUAGUGGUAAGACCAUCUGUGCCGAGUUUGCUGUUCUCAGAAUGCUGCUACAGAAUCCUGAUGGACGGUGUGUCUAUAUCACGCCCAAAGAUGACUUGGCUCAACAGAUUUAUCAAGAUUGGCAGAACAAGUUUGCCCUUCAGCUUGGAAAGAAGGUGGUCCUCCUAACGGGAGAAACUGGUACCGAUCUUAAGAUGAUUGCCAGGGGCAACGUGAUCAUCUCGACACCCGAGAAAUGGGAUGUGUUGUCACGGCGUUGGAAACAGAGGAAGAAUGUACAGAACUUGAAUCUGUUCAUCGUCGAUGAGCUGCAGUUGAUUGGCGGCGAGGAUGGGCCUGUUCUAGAAGUCAUCUGCUCGAGGAUGAGAUACAUCUCCUCUCAGAUUGAGAGGAAUAUCCGUAUCCUGGCUCUCAGUUCCUCGCUCUCCAAUGCCAAGGACAUCGCCCAGUGGCUUGGAUGCAGCACCAAUUCCAUGUUCAACUUCCAUCCUAACGUCAGACCUGUGCCGUUGGAGCUUCAUAUACAGGGUUUCAAUGUGUCGCACAAUGCCUCGCGACUCAUCUCGAUGGCAAAGCCGGUUUACCACGCCAUCACCAAACACUCGCCAAAGAAGCCUGUCAUGGUGUUUGUGCCGUCACGGAAGCAGACGCGACUGACGGCCAUCGACAUCCUGACGUUCUGCGCGGCGGAGAACCAGCCGAGUCGCUUCUUGCACGUGACUGAGAAAGAUCUGGAACCCUUCCUGGAAAAGAUAGAGGAUAAGACCUUAAGGGAAACUCUGACCAACGGGGUGGCGUACCUCCAUGAAGGAUUAUCAGAGGUGGAAAGGAAAAUUGUACAACAACUGUUCAGCACCGAAGCCAUCCAAAUCGUCGUGGUCUCCAGGAAUCUCUGCUGGGCGUUGAGCAUGGCUACACAUUUAGUCGUUGUGAUGGACACACAGUACUAUAAUGGUAAAAUUCACGCGUACGAAGACUACCCUGUCACAGAUGUUCUCCAGAUGGUCGGACGUGCCAACAGGCCCCUGAUCGAUGAUGACGGCAAGGCCGUGAUCCUCUGUCAGAGCUCAAAGAAAGAGUUCUUCAAGAAGUUCCUGUAUGAGCCGCUGCCAGUCGAGUCUCAUCUGGACCACUGCCUCCACGAUCACUUCAACGCAGAGAUCGUAACCAAGACGAUAGAGAACAAACAAGAUGCUGUGGAUUAUCUCACCUGGACAUUCAUCUACCGCCGUAUGACACAGAAUCCGAAUUACUAUAAUUUACAGGGUGUAUCCCAUCGCCAUCUCUCCGACCACAUGUCUGAACUUGUCGAGAACACGUUGAACGACUUGGAGCAGUCCAAGUGUAUCAGCAUCGAGGAUGAGAUGGACGUGUCGCCUCUCAACCUGGGCAUGAUCGCAGCCUACUACUACAUCAACUACACAACUAUAGAGUUGUUCAGUAUGUCAUUGAACGCCAAGACCAAGAUCCGUGGUCUGAUCGAGAUCAUCUCUAACGCUGCAGAGUAUGAGAACAUUCCCAUAAGGCACCAUGAGGAUAACAUUCUCAGACAGCUUGCCCAGCGCCUACCAAACAAACUCAGCCAGCCUCGUUUCAACGACCCCCACGUGAAGACAAACCUGCUGAUCCAGGCCCAUCUCUCGAGGAUGCAGCUCUCGGCCGAGUUGCAAUCUGAUACGGAGGACAUCUUAAACAAGGCGGUGAGGUUGAUCCAGGCCUGUGUCGAUGUGUUGAGUAGUAACGGUUGGCUGUCUCCGGCACUCGCCGCUAUGGAGUUGGCGCAGAUGGUGACGCAGGCCAUGUGGGGCAAGGACUCGUACCUGAAGCAGCUGCCGCACUUCACGCCGGAGAUCAUUGGAAGAUGUACAGAAAAGGAGAUUGAGACGAUCUUCGAUGUGAUGGAGAUGGAAGAUGAGGAUAGGAAUGAGUUACUUAAACUCUCCGAGACGGAGAUGGCUUACGUUGCCCGCUUCUGCAACCGAUACCCAAACAUCGAAUUGACUUACGAGGUGUUGGACAAGGAUGGCAUCACAAGUGGCAAUGCAGUGAAUGUUGUCGUGCAGUUAGAGCGGGAGGAUGAAGUCAGUGGGCCAGUGGUUGCUCCGUUCUUCCCACAGAAACGUGAGGAAGGCUGGUGGGUCGUAAUCGGAGAUCCAAAAUCCAAUUCGUUGAUUUCGAUCAAGCGCCUGACCUUGCAGCAGAAGGCCAAGGUCAAGCUGGACUUCGUGGCACCCUCACCAGGCCAUCAUUCGUACGUGUUGUAUUUCAUGAGUGAUGCCUACAUGGGUUGUGAUCAGGAGUACAAGUUCAGUCUCGGGAUUAGGCAGGGAGAUUCGGACAGUGAUUAGACAUUUCAUGGACUGAUGGGUUAUGUAAAGAUCAGUUUGAAGUGAGAAACUGGACAAUUGGAUGAUGUAAAUGUCGACAUAAUUGGAUUGUGAAGAUGGACUUAAAGUGUUAUAAAGUAGUCUUAGUUUGAAUUAAGGAAUUAAUACCGAGCUGGCGGUCAUUGGUUGUAUAAUCAGCGCCUCGGGUUUUGGACUGCAUUUUCGGUCUACCCGAGCGGUCUUGAUUAUACAACCAAUGACCGACAGCGAGGUAUUAAUUUCUAUUCUAAAAGGUUUCAAAAUUAAACAAAUUAAAUACGAUUUGAAAGGUAUAUAUGUUCCGUUUUCGUCAAAGAAUGAUCCAGCCUGGUGUCCGGAACUCCGCCAUAUUGUUGCUUGUGAAGAUGACGUCACGCAGCAAGGGAAUUCCCAGUCUGCUAGCUCGAUUUCUACCAUUUCCUCGUCUUUGACCUCUUCUGAAUCCUGACUGACGACCUCGAAAGAGUCCUCGGGUAUCCUCCCUACUUCACAAAUCCCAAUAUCGGGGAAUACUUCAAAAUCUCGUGUUCUUAACAUUGUUUUGUGGGGCUGAGUCGUUGCUUCUUGGUGAAAAUAAUUCGUCUGCUGAAAUUCAGAAUUUUAUACCUACCCAGGCGGUCAUUGGUUACGAUACCAAGACCGCUCCGAUCAAAACGAGGCGUAAUGUAUUUUGUAUUAGAAACAAUGAUAUACUGUGACUAAGGCCUUUUAGAAUUGGAAACUCAUCUGAAGGACAUUGGGUGACAUGAAUAAAGUCAGUUAAAUGCUUUUACUUCAUUAUGAAUAGGAAGGCCUAGCGUAAAUGCCAGAUGAAGUUUUCAGUAAAAGCAUUUGCUAGUCUUUAUUCAUAUCACCAAAUGUACUUAUCAUUUUCAGCAAGAACUAUGACUUGACCAGUUGAUUUCAUUGUGCUUGUUACAUCUUGGUAACUUAACAUCAUCGAGAUAUACAGUACUGUAUUGUAUUGUAGUGUAUUGUGUCUAGGCUGCAUUUAGAAUUUGUUUGUACAUACACUGCUUACUUAAUUUGUCAUCAUCAUGGUCAUCAACAUUGGCACUUUGAUCUUUAUGGAUCUUUGCCAUUAAAAAGUUGAAAACUUGUGCACAUCUUUCAACGUGCGUUAACCAUAACGUAACAAUUAAUUCCAUUCCCAUUCUCAAAGAAUUUGAAAUUGUCAGAUGACAAAAGGUACAAAAGCAUCAUGUCAAUUCAGUUAAAUGAUGUCAUUAAUUAUGAAUUCCUUACUUAAUUACUUGCAAGCAAGCCCAUGUCACAUGGGAGAAAUAUUCCUUUUGUCAAUACAUGUAGUGUGUUGGUGAUUGAAACUAUUGGAAGACACUGUCAAUUUUCUCAGUUUUGUAACUUUGUAAUUCUACUGUCGAUAAAAUUGGCCAUUUUCUGAUUGUGAAAGUACCAUUUGUUGCAUCAAAAUGUACAUGUAAGUCUCAACCAAGAAAUUUUCAGUGUUGUAUAAAUAAGGUUGUUUUCCUCCUCAUAAAUACACAAUAUCUUUAAAAUAAACAAAAAGAAAAUCGUAUUG